UCGUCGCGCGCGCACUCGUGUACACGUCUCCGCGUAAAAAUAAAGUCCACAGCGCGCUCGCGCACUUCAACCUAUUUAUAAUUAUCAGUAAAUCGUCGCCAGAGCGCACGACUGCCGCGGCCGGCGACCGCUCGCUGAAAAGAAAAUUACAAUAGCUAAUCUCGAAGCCGACCUAGCGUCCCCGUCCCGCGUGCCCUACGCGACCCAGGGACAUGAACGAUUCGAAAUCCCUAGCAUCGACGCUCUACUGAUAUUGUGAGGACUAUCACUCCUACGUAAUAAAUAUUAUCAGACUCGGGGUGUUAAUAAAACCGUGUAUGAUUGGACGAAAUGUGUGUUCUGUGAUUACGAUUAUAUUGUAUCAGUGAUAAUAGUGUAUUGAGUGUUAUAUAAACAUGCCUGACAGGUCAAAGCGACGUAAAAACAAUAAGAAUAAGCGUAAAGCAAAAAACCAACGCACUGACAAUAACAAAAAUAGUAGUGAUGUGAAUUAUACCGGUAAUAGUGAGACUUGUAGUGCUAGUACAAUUACUUCAACAGAAGAUAUUGAAACAACUCAAAACAAUGUAAACGAUUUUUCUGAUAUUAAAGAAGUGCCAAAAAAUAAUAUUGACGAUUCAUUGGUCAACAAAGUUCAAUGUGCGGAAAGCAGUUCUACCUCUGCUGCAAGUUUUAAUCAGGAUCUAAAUAAUAAUACUAAUAAUAAUAUAAUUAUCCCAGUUACACUAUCACAAACGAUGAAUAAUGACACUGAUAUUCAAAAUAGUGUCUAUGUAGUUGAAUCUCCAGAUCAAACGAUUAAAAACAAACCAAAGUCAAUUAAUUCUAUAAAAAGUAAAAGUUUAGACAACGAUGAUGCACCACAGAUAGUUGAUAUUACCGAUGAUACUUGUGAUCAAUCUGAAGAGAUGACUAUUGCAGUGAUAGAAGGUAAUAAUGCUAUAGUAUCUGAAGUAGAAUCUGAUGUAGAAUGGGAAGAAAUUGAUGAUUUACAACACAAUAAACUACCAUACUCGGAGGAAUUCGCUACAGGUACUUUAUCUAUUACUACUAUUCCUCUUAAUACAGCUCAAUGCGAUCAAACGAAAUCACUUACACCCGAAGAAGAAAAAUCGUUAAGACAUUAUCUUCAAACGUUAAACUUAUCUAGUAAAUCGAAUGUAAAUUCAGUUGAAAUUAAAACAGAAAUAGAACAAAUUAUAAAUCGAGAAGUUAGACAUAGAUUACGUAAAAAAGGCUUGGCAGAAGAUUUUGUUACUCAACGACUCGGUCCUUCUAGAAUAUUAGAUGUUAUUGAUGAAGAAGGUAGUGGUGAAUCAUCUGUUACAUCACGUCGUCAUUCUCGAUUGAAUGAUAAAAUAAGCGACAACGAAGAUUUGGAUGAUGAUGUUUUCGAAGACAAUAAAAAUAAAGACAAAUAUUGCACAAAGAUUGUAAAACAAAAUACAAUACAAAAAAGUUUUGGUAAAUUGUUGCCUCAGCAAUGUGUCUUAGUUGGUGCAAAAUUAAAAGAACCAGAGAUAACAGAAGCACGAGGUGAUUGGGUUAUGAAAAGUGUAGAAAAGAUGGCUGGAGCUGAAAUAGUAUACUUGACAGAUUCCUCGAGCAGCACAAGUUCUAUUCAUGAGAUAGGAGAUGAAACUGAUGACAGUGCAGAAACGGAUGUAUCAGUUCGUAUGAUAACGCCGACAAUCGAAGUGACUAAUACCGAAGAACUGUUGAAAAAGACGUUUUUGUCUAAUAAUGAAGAAAAUAUGGAGUCAGAAAAGGCACAUACAGAAAAUGAAAAGUGUAAUGAAUCUAUUGAAACAAAAACGAAUGUAGAAGACAACAUGAACCAGACAGCUCAGAAUCCACAUGAAAUAGUUAUAUUAUCUACAGAAAAUAUUAAAACAGAUCUUUAUGUCAAGGAGCUUGAAAAUCCUAAAGAUAAUGAUAUAACAAAUGAACAAAACAAUCUUAGUAGUAAUAAUUUAAGUAAUGAUAUUCCUGUAGAUAAAAGUGAAAUUAUAUCAAAUAUACCAAGCAGUAAUGAUAAUUAUAAUUUAGAAUUAAAAGUUUUGAAAUGUGAAUUAAAUGACGCUAUAAAUAAUCUAAUAAAUGAAGUCUCUACGGAUACAGAAGAUCCUUCGGAAGUACAUAAAGAUAAUUUUGUUCGACAAGACUCUUCAAGUAGCGUAUGUUCAUCCCAGUGCACUACCAAAUAUAAUCCAAAUUAUUCCUCUCUUAAUGAUGUUUCUAACACAAUGCAUGAUGAUAUGUGCAAUAACAUUGAGUCAAAUACAGAAAAAAUACAAGAAUUAGAUAUUAAAAGUCAUGUAAAAGAUGUGUUUGAAUGUGUUACAGGAAAGUCUGCACUGAAUAAGGAUAAAGCUGAUAAAAUCAGUAAUAAGCAACCUUUGAGGCUGCGAGAUAUAUGCGUAAGAAAAAUUUCUACAUUUCCAUAUGGUGAUAAAAUAUUAGAGGAAUUAGCUUCUGUGUCAAAACGAUUACAAAACAUUAACAUGUCUGAAACUAAUAUUACUGAAAAUAUAUAUUUGACUCAAAAAGAAAACCCAAAGUUAGAUACAUUGCCAUAUUUCCCUCGACCUGAGAUCUCAAAUAUUGAAAAAGUAUCUUUAUCAUCAAAAAGCAAAGAUUCUCUUCCACCACCAAUUAAACCUCGGAUUUCGUCACUAAAGAUAUCUCAAGAUGAAAGUCAUUGGACUACAUCACCCAGUAAGAAUGAAUCUGUUUAUGUAUGUUUAUCGCCAUCACAAAAAAUGCUUAUGGAAAAGACAAAUACAGUGAUAACAAAAGAAGAUACUAGUAAUCUUACAGACAGUCAUAAAAAAAUGAUUGACCGUCAAGGGUAUAAUCAAUAUUACGAGGAAAAUAAAGUUGAAAAUGAAACCAAUAGUAAUAAACCUAUUAUGCCAUUUAAGUCACAAACUGGGAGUCGUUUACUAGCACUUAUGCGCGAUCCUUCUAUAACAUGUAAAUUAAAUGUUCCAAUUAAUAAAUAUUCUAAUACACAUUUUGAUCAAAAACAAAAUUAUUAUGUGAAUAGGGAAUCAAUAUCUAAAAGAACCUAUGAUAAUAUUAAUUCGUUUAGAGAUUUUUCGAAUACAUUUAAACCAAUUCCGCCACCACGACCUAAAAAGUAUACGUCUUCAUUCUAUGAAAGCGAUGAGAGCUCAGAUUUCACUGAUAAUUCUUUUAGAUCAAUGAAAAGCGAAAGAAAAUUCUUUCAUUAUUCUACAGGUAACUUAAAUAAGGAGAUUGAAAAUGAUAUUUCUUCUAUACAAAAUAUGCAUAGGAACUUUACGAAUAUACGUGAUCAUGUGAACGAAUUUAAAUAUCCGCGACGACCAUCUUUGCCAAAAGAUUUAUGUGAUCAACAAAUGGAAUAUAUUCGUCAAAAAGAAAAGGAAGUAGAAGCUGAAAUACGUCGUCUUGAAUCUGAAAAAAUGGAUGUACCACAGAUUUCUAAAAGAGGGCCAAGAGCUCCGCUAAUGAAAGAUCAAGAAGAGAUUACAAAUAAUAGCAGCUAUUUUUAUAAAAGGAAUACAGAACAUAAUACGCAACAAGAAAAAAAAGACAAUGGGCGGUUACGUUCGUUAUUUAGUAGUAGUCAAGAAGAAUUAUUACGUGACAAAAUGUAUUCUGAAUACAUAAACCAAAUGGCUGAACGUCAGGAAAGAAAACAUCAUAAAAUUAUAAAAAUAACUAAUUCGGGUAAAAUAUCUAAUUCACAAUUAGUAUCUAAAAGUAUGCCAGCUCUUGAUAUAUUAAAUUCAAAGGUAAAUAAUCGCAUUGAAAAAGAAUUUAUAUCGAAAGCGAGAGAAAGGUGGGAUAAGUUAGGUAUAAAAGAUCCUGAAACGGAGGACGAAAAAGAAAGCGCGAAGGAAGUGUAUAGAGAACCCAAAGUGAUAAAGCAUAAAAUAAAAGUUAUAGAAGGUGACAAAGAGACCGAUGUUCAAAAUUUGCCAAAUCAUUUGCAAGAUUUUGUACGUUUCACAGCCAAAGACAAAAUGGAAGAUAAAAGCAGUUCGGAGACCGUCAUGAUCGCACCGACGUUCAAGGCGCGCUCGACCUCGCCAGCGGUGUGGAGGCCGGGCGCGCCGACGCCGCCGCCUGCGCCAGCGCCAGUGUCGAGCGCUGCGUGCAGCCCAGGCGCUCCCCCACCGCCGCCGCCUCCGCCCGUGUGGACACCAGGCAGCGCUGGACCCUCGCCGCUAUCAGCCCGCAAGACUUUCCGCCCAGUGCACUUUGAGGAGACCCCGCCAUCUCGCCGUAAAUUUGUGAACGCGGAUCAGAACGGUUGCACGAGCGGUUCAGAAAGCGAGGGACGGUUACGCACCUCACAGAGUGCACCGGCUACGGGCCUGAGCACUCUGGGUGGAACUACCCUCACCAGCCGACUACCGAGAGCUCAGAAUCCAACGGUUACAUUGCUGCAGAAGGCUAGAGAAGGACAAAUUCCACGGGGCUCUAAUUAUCUUCAACAGGAGAGGGACGGAGCACGUCUACCUAGAGAUAGGCCUUCUCCCCCUAUUGGUGAUCCAGUGCAUGCGCUACGCCAGGGCUACGUUAGUGAAGGCGAAGCCGAGCGGAGGGACUACGAGCGCGGCGCGCGUAAGAUGGCUGAUGCUCCAAGAAAAGUAGAGGGAAUCGGACCCACGACCAAAGACGGAAUGCCUGUUGCACUUAGAUCUGAAGUCAAAGACCAAUCGCGGUGGUACAAAAAAAUGUAUGAUACAAUCCAUAGAAAUAAAUACGAUGACGAUUAUGUGACUAUUCGAUACAAAAAUCGCCGAGGUCAAGCACCGCAGAGAGUGUCUAACAAAUCACAGUACGCAUACUUCGACCCUCGAUCUGGGUAUCUCAGUGAGCCAGAAGGUGGGCUCAGUAGGCUAGGAUCCAGUACCUGGAGCGAUGCAUAUGACAGUGACGUCACCACUGGCCCGAGGAGAAGAACUGCCUCAGUACAGGAAGACAGAAGGCUCGAUGAUGUUCACUCACCAUAUCUAUCUAAUAAUAAGUAUAGCACAUUAGCGUCUGCGAGAGCUAGUCAAGAAGUAUAUAAAAGCCAACCAGGAAAAAUAGAAGAUUAUAUACCUGGAAGAUCAUCAGUAGUUGAUAAGGAAGCCAAACAGUGGUGGGACGAGGUCAUGGACAUUUUUGAUGGGUGGCUAGAUGACAACUCCCCUCUGCCUCCUUACACCACAUUGCUCGCUCGCGCCAUACAGAAAAGUCAAAACAUAUCAAGUACAACAUCGUUACCACAAGCAUCUCCCAAAGACAAGAAGGACAUAACAUCUGCUAUUUUAUCAAAAUCAAAUAUGGCCAGGGCAUUAAAAGAAUCAGGUUACGAAUCGGACUCCACACUAGUUUUCCGUCGUCGGGAAGAUACUGAAGCACCUCUAUCGCCUGCUGAACGACGUGCUGCCUAUAGGGACCUGCAAGCUGGGGGAGAGCCGCCUCUCAGAGGCUUCCGUUCCCCGGCACCACCUAGACAAGACGAAUCGGAAAUUGAAUACAUUCCGAUAUCACCUACGUUGACGAAGAUAAGAGUACACAAGAAUACGUCGAAACUUCAUGAAGUAAUUUGCUACCCGAUAACACAUAUUGAAACAGGCUUGCAACCAAAAUCUAAGAAACAGUCACCAUCUUCUGUAAGUAAGGAUAUUCGUAGAGACAGAAUUACUGAUGUUCCACCUGCGCCACCUAGACGAAUUUCGUCCAGAAAUAGCCGAACUCUACAAUUAGUAACAUCAACACGUCCAGUGUCUUCUUCGCCUAAACGAUCUUCCUCGCAAUCAAAUAUUGAUUUUUUAAAAGACAAAUUGUGUAACAAAUUAAGUAGGCAAAAUACUCAAAUUUUAUCUAAAAAAGGGUCAAUGAAAGACACUAAAGAUCGAGUAAUGUCUAUAUCAGCUCCACCAGCUAUUAAUAGAAAAAGCAAUGUUGCAUCUUCUACUGCUUCUUCAAUCAAAAGAUCUAGUAUUAUAAAACCUACCAGCAGCUUUAGUUCGCCUAGAAGAACAUUAUUACCUACAGAAUACUCAAAUUCCAUGCAAAGUAAAUAUGCAAAUUCACAAACAUCUGUGGUUAUAGAAGGAGGUGCUGGACGAAGAACUCCUAUAUCAAAUAUUCUAGACAAAGUAACAUCAUUGGAUAAAUUAUGGAGUUCUGAAAAGCGAAAUGAACGUAUAGAUUUAGCAAAACUGAAGUCAAAAUCUGCAAAAAUAAGUUCUAAUAGUACUUCAAAAUUGAAUACAGGAAAGAUAUCUGCUCCAUCUACUUCAAAAUCUUUAUCCACAGGUGUUACACAUAAAAGUAGAGAUAUGAUUCGAACAUCGGAAAAAAUACAAAAACUAAAAAUGUCCAAUAUGCAUACGAAAUCCGAUAUCGGUUCACAAAUAAAACAUGAUAGUAAAACAUUAAAAAAUGUUAACAUGCAUAGUUCUUUAAAUGUUUCUAAAUUUCCUUCAAAACUUGCAACUACAAAAAGAAAUAACCCAAUUAAAACCGCAGUUGUAACUAAUCUUAAAAAUAAAAAACCUAUUGAAAGUGUUAUUGUUAGACCUAAGAGCACACCCUGCCAUGAAUCUUGCAGUAGGAAAUUAAAAGAUGUGAAGAAUAUUAAAGGAAAAAUAGUCAAAAAUAAAAAUACAAAGAAAACAAUUUUAAAAUCUCCAAAUGAUUCAGAAUCUGGCAGUCAAUUUGGCGAUACAUCCAAUGAACUAUCCAACUUUGGUUCAUUUGAACAUUUGGAGACCAAACCUGUAUGCUCCAAAGAAAUUAAAAGAACACGUGAUGCUGUUGUCUCAGAUUCCUUUUUUCAACAUCUGUUUCUAGGGAGUUCUUAUAUGCCAACUACUGUAUAUCCUAUUAUAGAACCUAAUACUACUGUAUUGGAAAAAGCUAAGAUCUUUCAAUCUAUUCCUAAGGAUAAUAGAGAACCAAAAUCUUUAAAUACUUAUUUAAUACACCGAAAACCUGUUUCUCUGUCGCGUUUUAAAAUGUGGGAUCGAUAUCCUAGUCCAUCAAGAAUACCGAGUCCUCGGUCUAUAUCAUGGCCGGGUAGAAUGCAUGGCGAAGUACGAAGAUUUGACAGCUUAUUAAAAUAUAACGAAUUUGGAUCAAAUUCAUCUCUUACUACAAUUCGAAGCAGAAGUGAACCGCCUGUUAAUAAAAUUUAUUUUUCCCAAACCUCUCGACCCAAAUCUCCUACAGUUUUAUUUUAUAAGAAAGAAAAACCAAAAACAUCACAUAUAAGUACUUCCAUUUCUCCUACAAGACUUAUUUUUUCACAAACAACUAGACCAGUUUCUCCAAAAAUAGUUCAUAAAGUUCCGAAAAUGUCAUUAACUACAUCUAUUUCACGCCGAUCACCUACGAGAAUUAUAUUUUCUGAGACUACGCGUCCUGUUUCACCACUAGUGUGUAAGCAAGCUGAAUUUGAUGUAGUAGGUAUUCACGAACAUACAGGUAAAUGUCCAGCUACACUAUUCUUUUCUCAAACCUCAAGGCCUGUCUCACCAAAAGUUAUAAAAAAGGAUUGUGUUAAAAAUUCUAGCAGAAGUCGGUCUACAUCACCAAUUUCUAUUAGAUCUCCAUCUUAUCGCCGCAUUCAUAGUGCACGAUUACAUAAUACUAAACAUUUUGGUGACAAUAUAAUAACGACAAGUUUCCUUCGAACACGAAGUGCUGGUGAUGCCGACGAAAAAGUUAUUAAACAAAAAAUGAAAAUAAAAACAAAGAGUGAUACAAGUUUGCAUACCGACGAUCCUGACUAUGACGAAUACAUUCAUGAUAUGGAAAAUACUAAACUCAGGUCUGAAAGAUUUCGAGAGUUAAAUAGGUAUUAUACAUAUUUAGAAAGAGUAGGUGAAUUAGAAAAGGCAACAUCUAGAAGUGACUUACGUCAUAGAAGGAAAGAUGAGGAAAUUAUUGAUUUUGAUCGCUGGAAGAAAAUAAGAGCAAUAGAAAGAGCUGAAGAAGAAUUGAAUAACUUGUAUUAUAAACUGAAAAGAGCUCAAAAUGAAAGUGAUGUUCUUUUUUAUCCCAGAGAUUUGAAAGAUUUUAGAUGGAAAUACGACAGAGAUAGAGGUUUAAGAACAAAAGAAAAAUCAGUAGAAGAUCUCAAAGAACAUUUUAAACAAGUAUCUUAUUGUGAUCGAGAUUUAGACCAAAUGUCUUCCAAGGAUAUAUAUAAACCCCUUUGGAGAGGUACCAGCGUAGCUGAAACAGCUUUUAAUAUCAAUAGAAAAAAUGAUACAGAUACAAAAGAUAAAGCUGUUUCUGGUAAACCUAUAGUUACACUACAACAAGAUUCAUCAUUGAGUGAGCUUCGUAAAAAAAUUGGUAUAGGAAAUCGUUUAUGGAGUAGCUUAUCUAUGGAACAAGUAAAUGCAUUAAAAAGUCAGCUUAACGCCAUUUAUAGUAAGGAAUUAGAAGCAAAAACGAGUAAAGAAUUUGAAAAAUUUUCCAUUGACAUAAAAGAUCCAAAAGAAAUAGAAAAUUCACCAUUACACAUAAGAUGCAAUUCACUAAUUACAUCACAGUAUACUUCCAAAGAAGAAAAUCAAAAUAAACUUACUAAGUCUGAGUCUAUAGCUGCAAUUUCUUGUCCAAUUACUUCAGUAAAAGAAUUAAAGAAUAAUGUCAAUAAAAUUCAAAUGAGUCUUAGUGAAAAUGAGAAACGAAAAAUUUCACAAACACUUAGCAAAGAAAUACUUGAUAGAGUAAAUAAAUUCGACAAUACUGUGCCUAUUCCACUUAAAGAUGAAUUAGAAAAUAGUAAAAUCAGUGAGAAAUUAAAUGUAAAAAAUAAUGAAACUACACCUACGUAUAGUGCAUACGGCGACAUUAGCAAAGAUGAUAAUAGUAAUAAAAAUAAUGAUAGAAUGAGACAUGUUGUUUAUCCAAACGUAAAAUCUGACACUUAUUAUCAAUCGCCUCUGAGUGAAACUGAUACAGCUAGUUCAGAUGUAUCUAAUAAAACAGUUAUUUAUAAGGGACCUACUAAAGAAGUAAAAAAGAAAGUUGAAUAUUUUGAAUCAGUAGGUGCUGUAUCUGAUCAAUCGAAAACCAUUUAUCACGCUCGACAAAGCUCAGAUGAACAUUCCGAAAAACAUAAAGUUGUUACAGAUAUGCAAGAAACUGAACCCCAAAAAACUCAUAUAAUGCAAUCGCAAUCGUGCACAAAUUUUAAAGAACUUUUUGGUGAAAGUGAAAAAAAUAAAUUUUUAUCCCUUCCAACAAAACCUAUAUAUUCAAGAUCAUCUUCGCCGCAUUCCGAAGUGCAUGUUACCGAUCGACAAACGCCUGACACGCUACGGUACUCGAGCGAUGAGACAAUCUGGCGCAGUCGAAGCCCAUCGCCCGACCCAGAGCGUUACUGGCGUGCUUAUCUCAACCUGGCACGGGCGGGAGAAGUGCGCCGCCUUGCGCGACGUUUUGAUUCCCCCACAGCAGCGGGUGCUAUUUUACGUCGACACAGAAGUGAUCCUGAAAUUGCUCGAAAUGUUUUACGUAAUAAUUGGUCUUCUGUCGAAAAGUCACUCCGCCGCGAACGUAAUAUGUUACCAGUUGCACGUGUACCGCUUCGUCCAACGAAUCGUUUUAUGCCACAUAUUGAUAUCAUUUCGAAAUUGGCAUCCCUCCGCAGGCGUACAACGCCCAGAUCUAGAUCCGCUGAAGAAACUUUAGAAUGUCGGGUUGGUGAAGUUGAUCGCAUCCGACGCAGAUUUGAAACUAUGUCUUUAUUGGGGCAAAUUUAUGCAUCUGCACCUGAUAUAAAUGAAUUACGGGAUAUUGCGCCAUAUUUAGCUGGUUCUUGGAUUGCACAUCGUUAUCCUAAGAUUAGUGACAAUAACAAGUGUAUUAAAGAUCCUAAUACUUUAGUACGUGGCAGGACCUCUCCUGUAAGAAAGGAUAUUAAGAAAACUACACCUAAUACUUCUAUCAGAUUAAGUUCCAUUCUCAAAAGCGACGUGUUCGCAAAACAAGACUUUAAUCCAUCAGCGCACCGACCAGCAAGCCGUUACGAGCCACCACGCGCACCACCCCGUCCACCGCCAGCUGCGUGGCCCUAUUGUAUCGCACCCUACGUCACACCAUCGCGACAUACGGUAACAUUUCAAGAAAACGAUACGGCACCAGAACCACCACGGAGAGCGCCACACGGAAGUUAUUUUGAGAAAGAAUCCCCUCGCCGAUACGUGGAAAGCGACGUGAAUAUCCACUACAGAUGCCCAGUACGACAUGACCCGUUGCCGCUGGUCCCAGAGCGGGAGCUUGCUCGCCAACAGGCUGAACAUAUGAAGCGGCUCUACAGAGAACAGAAGAGGAACAAGUACCUACAGGAUAAUGACAUACAACCGUUGGACAUUGAUGCGUUUGAUGCUUCCAUUAAGGAGCUACAAGAUAUGCAGAAUAGGCGCCAUCAAGAUAACUUCACGCCUUCACAAAAGAACAUUCUACCCCUCAACAGAUAUGAUGAGGCAGAAAAGAUCGUUGCUCGAGCCCUAUACGCAUUUAAUGGUCAGACCUCACGAGAAUUGAGUUUCCGAAAAGGUGACUUCAUUAAUGUGAGACGGCAGAUCGACGCCAAUUGGUACGAGGGAGAAGUGCAUGGAAGAAUAGGAUUAUUCCCAUAUAAUUAUGUUGAGAUCAUGAAAGGAGACGUGGCACAAUCACCGAAAAAGCCUAUUUUAUUAGAAGGUAGAGCGAGAGCCAAAUUUGACUUCAUAGCGCAGACCAAUCUAGAGCUUCCGUUAAAGAAAGGUGAAGUAGUUGUACUGACGAGACGAAUAGAUCAAAACUGGUGGGAGGGAAGAAAUGGCAAUAGGACUGGCAUCUUUCCAGACAGCUAUGUGACCGUACUACAAGAACCCAGUGCAAAUAAGCCUGAACCGCAACCGAUCUUAUCUACUGACAAGCCGGUUGCAUCGCCAGCUGCGCAUGGCCUCGUCAAUGGAACAGCAAAACGAAGUAUGGGAGCACAUAGCUACUUACCUCAACCGAACAGUCCUGCGUUGUCCAAUGCGCCGCCUGCUACACAACCGCUUCCAGGUUACGUAGCGAAGACGGCGCAGGUAACGCAGACUCCGUCGGAGCGCGGGUACGGUCCGCCGAGCGGCGCGGGCGUCGACCUCAACAAUACUGAACCCCUCUACGUUGACACCAACGCUGAAGCAGUGCCGUAUCGAGCUAUGUAUAAAUAUCGACCACAAAACCCUGAUGAGCUGGAGUUAAACGAAGGCGACACAGUGUACGUUCUAGAAAAAUGCGAUGACGGCUGGUACGUGGGCUCUAGUCAACGCACUGGGCGCUUUGGCACCUUCCCAGGCAAUUACGUAGAGCGCAUCUGAUAGCGCGAGAUGUCGCUGUUGCGGCGGUUGCGUCGUGCAACGUUGUGCGCGCGUCGCCCGCGCUGAUUACCGCCUGCUAGCACCGGCGGUCACCAACAUAAUGUCAACAAAUAUUAUUGGCCUAGUUACAAGUAUUUUGGAAUGCGUUCUUGUUCCAUUUACGGCACUAAGCCAAAAUAAAAUACGAUCUGAAUAUCUGGUGUAAUUAAAAAAAAAAAAAACUAUUAACUUUGUAUUUAUUGGAAAAUGUUGUAACAUCUUUAAUGUAUCAAAGAAUACAUAAUGGCCUAAUGAUACCAAAUUUUACCAUGACUUUUUAUAUAAAAUUUUGUACAAACUAUAUAAACUUUAAGAUCCGACGACAUUAUCAUAACUAGAUAGGUAAUAUUAACUGUAACAGAUUAAAUCUUUUUUUUUUUUAUAUUAAAAUGUCUAAUCGUUAAGCAUUACUGUUUAGAAGCAAGUGUCGUCGAUAAAAAUAUUCAAAGUUGUUACACAAUCAACUUAUUGGCAUCUAAUAAUAUAACCAAUGAAAUUUAACAGUAACGUGAAGUGCUGUUAUCAUUCAUCUCAAGCUUUUACCACAAACUUAUUUAAUUUCAUUUAACUAACAGUAGCCCAUUUAUGUCGGUACCAUUUAUCCAAAGUUAAUUUAUGUGUCCCAAAGAGUAUGUUUAUCGGAUGAUUAUAAUGUUGUAUAAUUGUACAAAAAAUAAUAAAAAUAUAUUAUAUACCUACCUGUACAAUUUGUUUAGCAUAGUUAUUUAUUUUUAACAUUUUUAGUGGAGUUGAAGCUCGUCUUUUAAAAGAGACAUUUUAAAAGAAUGUAGCUAGGCACGUGUAACAAUGAUACUUUAAACUAACAUGAAUUUUCAAUAAUCAUGGCGUUAUAUCGGCAAAGGUCAAACUUUGAAAUUAACCCAAUGGAAAAAAAUAGAACGAGAACAAAGUUUCGACAUUUUGUGUAGAUCGGCAACUGUUAACUGGGUCUCAGCAUUAUUGAUAACAAUAAAUAUAAACAUGUCUAUAGUACGAGUAAAUAUUUGUUCUGCAUCAACAUUAGUUACCACAUUAACAAUAUUAAUAAUAUUAUAAAUAUAUUUACAUCGUUAUACUCAAACAACUGUAAUGGUUAGUGUAUAUAGGGCGAGUAACUUUCCGCAACGGUUGACAAUACAUUAAUGUAUGCUUAAUUUUAAAUUAGAUGUACGGAAACAAUAUGAGUGCUAUUAGUCUGAUGUCGGAUCAUUGUUGAGACAUCCGUCAAUUGGUUCUAUACUGGCGUCAUUGAAAGUAAUUGAUUUUUCAAUAUCUAGUCAUCGAUCAAAUUUCGUAUAUUUUUCUAAGUUGUCCAAAAUACUGUUGGUCUUUCAUUGUAUUUUCUAUAUUACUUAUAUGAGAUGCUUUAUACAAUCUUAUACAUUUAAAAUGUUAUAUGUAUACUUUUAGAUCGUUAAAGUAGCCGAUUAAUUUAUAUGUUUAAUGAUUAUCGUAUUAAUUGUACGUAAAAUAUAAAUGUCGAGUUUCGUAUUUGUACCAAAGCGUCGUUCUCCUCGCCCUAUGUAAUUGUACGCUUGGUUUGUGUAGUACAUACACAGCUUUCAUUAUUUUUUAACCCAUUAUAUUGUUGUAUUUUACUUUUGUUAAUUUAUUUUUAGAAGCACAAAUAUUUUUAUUUUAUUGUUGACACCUCGACAUUCGGUAUAACAUUAACAACUAUUGUUUAAUAUCAUCACACCUAAUAAAAUAAUCUUUCUAUUUA